GCUCCUCCGCCGCUCGGUUUGUUUUCCGGGUGAUGCUGCUCUUCUCUUCAAAGCAGAGGAAAGUCGGGGGCUCAUGUGUCAACAUCCAGGGUUUCCCCGGGGAGGUGUAUCGUUAACGUUAUUGCAAAAAAAACUGGUGUUCCUUUGAAGACCUUUUUAUUUUUUUUGUUAGCCUAUUCAUCCUUCGGAGGCAGCUGCUUUCCUAACUGCGAAGACCAGAAGACGAUCUCCGGCUCCUGCUGCUUUCGCGUUAGCUAACGUUAUUUUAAACGAUGACAGAGUACAAAGUGCGAAUAGCGUCUCCAAUCAUUUAAUAAUAUCUGGGGACCUGUUAGCUUAGCCAGCUAGCCCGGUAAUUCGAUUAGACCAAGGGAACACGGCGAAACACACUGCUGACAUGAUGUUUCCUCAAUCAAGGCAUUCGGCAUCCUCUCAGUCCAGUCAACCUCUCAAGUUCACCACUUCUGACUCCUGUGAUCGCAUCAAGGAUGAGUUCCAGUUCCUCCAAGCACAGUACCACAGUUUAAAGUUGGAGUGUGAUAAACUGGCUUCUGAAAAGUCAGAGAUGCAGCGUCACUAUAUCAUGUACUAUGAAAUGUCCUACGGGCUGAACAUUGAAAUGCACAAACAGGCCGAAAUAGUGAAGAGACUGAAUGGCAUCUGUGCUCAGGUGCUGCCAUACCUCUCACAAGAGCAUCAACAACAAGUCAUGGGCGCCAUAGAGAGAGCCAAGCAAGUCACACCCCCUGAGAUGAACUCCAUUAUACGGCAACAGCUCCAGGUGCAACACCUGUCCCAGCUCCAGGGCCUGGCCCUGCCUGUGGCCCCGUUGCCCCUGGGCCUCACCCCUCCCACCCUGCCUGCCGUCUCCUCCAGCUCCGGCCUGCUCUCCCUCUCCUCCAUCCUGGCCAACUACUCCCACGGCCAGGCCCAGGCGGUGAAGGAGGACAAGGCCCGGGAAGCGGCGGAGAGAGCACCCCGAGGAGAGGACGGGGACAAGUCAGACUAGAUCAGACACAGCCAGGAGGUUUGGAGGGGGUGGUUGUGGGGUGAGGUGUCUUAAAAAAGAAAAAAGGAAGAAAAAAAAAAGGUAAAACUGUAACUGUAAAUGGAGAUUGAUGUAAGUCUGUCUGCCUGUCUGCUGAGUGUUGAUGUAGAAGAGUAACUGCAGGGAUGAUGACAAGCAGAGAGGACAGAUUUUUGGAUGUGCAGAGAGAGAAACUGCUGAAUGGCUGGGAGUGAGAGUUAAAUGUUCUUAUUAUUUAGUGGUAAUAGACUCAAUUCAGGCUUCUAGACUUUAAAUAGAUGCUUCUUCUUUUUCUUUUCUUUUUUUUUUGUGUAAGCCAUUGUUGUUAGGCUUAACCAAGAUAAAUGUUUUCCGAUUCGGAGUGAGAGCUGAGGAUGAAAGCUAACAGCAGUGUCCCUUACACAGAUCUGCCUCUCACUGGUUUAAAUUUCUUAAUUCUUUUUGUUAUCAGAUCCAGUGUUUUUUGUUUACGUGCUCUGCAGUCCUUCAGAUUGUUUCUUACUGUCCCGUCUGCAAGUCACAGUAAGCAGUUUUACAACAUCGAAGUUCCCUCUAACUCCUGUCCCUCCACUCACAACGUCCAGCUCCAUUACCUUUUUUUCUUUUCCUCAAAAAUGAAAUCUUGGCUGGAGCUGCUUGGAGAGUGAUACCAUUCAUUUCUGUAUUUGGAACCAAAUUAAAUCUUAGUCUGACAUUAAAUGGGAUGUUUUUAAAGGGACAUGACACUUGUCGGGUGCAUUUAAAACCCUUCAAACAUGAACCAACCGACUUUUUACCAUUUGUUUUGCAUUUUCAUACGACCAACCACUGGAUGCAUUAGCUGUGUACCUCAAUCCCCAAUAAAUGGGAUUUUAUUCCAAUAAAAACCUAUAGUUUGUACAAAUGGUAGUAUGCCCAUCUUGGGGGUUAACUUGUGUUUCAUAGGCCUAGCUGCUGCUGCCGCUACGCGCGCUUCAUGGCAUGGACCAUGACUCGUCUUUAAAUGACAAGAAUUUAAGCUCUGAAAAAAAUUGACUUUAUUUUGACAUGUUGUUUUCGUGAAGUUCAAGUCAGGCUAAUUAGACAUUCAAAAUGUGUCUGCGUGUGCUCGCGUGAAUGUGAUCGGAAAGGAGAAAACACUUGUUUAAUUUAACUUUUAUUUUUUUCUUAAAGCACCUUUUUUGUAUUUUCCUCACACCACCCCUAUUCCUGCCCCUUCCUCGUACUGGUCCACUCUUUAACUGACCAAGACAAACUUGAACAGGAUCUAAACUUCAGAACCAGACGGUCGUACGACAUACGUGUACUGUAUUUCUGUAAGUUAGAAGAGCCCUUCAGUUUAUACUGAGACUGUAUCAAGCACCUGUCUUUUCCUGUCUUGUUUAACUUGUGUGUGAUUGUCAGGGAAAGAUCUCCCCUUUUUUUUGAUUUUUCACAUUGUUUUAAUGAAGAAUGUGUCCAGGGUGAGUUGCUAAAGCUCUGUAAGCAACAUCAAACAAGCGUUCCCAAAAAAAAAAAAAAACAGCAUAUCUAGAAUGAGAUUCUCACAGUUAGAAUGUGUCCUGGUGACCAAAUUCAUUGUGGCCUGUUGCAAAGAAACUCAAGCUAUAUUUAGAGCAUUUUCUCAAUUCCACACUCCAUGCUAAUUCUAGUAUAUACUAUCUACUUUUUUGUUUUGUUUAGUUUUUUGUAGAUGGUGAUAUAGAGGUCUGGAACCAGGCUAGUGUGAACCUUCUCAAAAAUGUGUAUGUCGUUUGGUUUUGAAAUCCACUAAAGGCGUCAGGAAACUUUCCCCCCCCAUACUUGUCAGACGUCGUAAUUGGAGUAACAACAUAACUGUCCCAAAGACAAUCUGCCAUUCACGCCAACUUAAUGCAGCAAUUGGCCAGGUGUGUGGAGGUAACAAAGAUGGCAGGAACUUCUCUCUAGCUGUCUUUUUUUAUUUUAUUUUUUUUCCACCGUUCUUUUCACAACUCUUUCUGUCACUUUUUCCUGUGAACAAAUGAGUGCAACACUCUGAAUGCCCUCCAGGAGACAGCCUGAGUGUAGCACUGUGCUCCCCAUAUUUAAACCAUCAUCACCGUAGCACAGCAAGCAAACACCAUCCGCCCCUCCUCUAUGACGGUCGGCUUGUCACCCCACUUUAAAGUGCGGCCUUUCGAAAACGCUAUAAACACUUUAGCCUUCUGACAAGAUCGGGUAACACUUCAUACAAACUAGUUCUUUUCCAGCGCAGCCCAGCUUUUAGACUAAGCAGGUUUUGAGUAUGUAGUGUGUUCACAAAAGUUUUAAAGUGAUAAAAGAAAGUAUGCUCAAAACCGUCUGUGUGCAGACAAAAAAAAACUAGAUUUGUGGGAACAUUUGAAAACCUUUUUGAUGUUCAUUUGAAUUGGCAGUGUCUUUUUUAAAGUCGUGGUUCAAUUGAACUCCAAUGGAGCGGGUGUUGUAUAAUUUCUUCUGAGUAUAAAGCUGCUAAGUAUAUUGAUUUUUAUAAACAAAACAAGUUUUUGCAGUUAGUAUGUAGUAUGGAAUUGGGACACGGCUGAGGCGAGGAAUGGGAAUGUUCAUAUUAAAGGCAACAGAGGGCAGCAGUGCACUCUCAUUGAUCAUUAGUAUGAAGCUACAUUCACAAGACAGAUGUCUACUCAGUGUCUAAAGCGGUCCAGGCCAGUCACCUUGCUCUCACUGUGUUCUCUUCUCGUCGUCCUUUCCUGACUGUGGGACGAGCACCUGUACCCUGCCGGUGUUAGCUGUUAUUCCCCUGUAAUGUGAGUGCUUUCCAGAGCUUUGACAACUCCCCAUUUAACGUCUGAGCGCGUCCAAGAUUGGAGCUUAAACUUUUCUUCUGUUUUAAUUUUGAAAGCCGAUCAAGUUGUGGCUCGGUGCUCCUUUUUUUUUUUUUUUUCUUUUUUUUUUUUUCUUCUUCUUCCUGUCUGUGCUAGUGUUAGGGAGCUGAUGAUUUUUCUCUCCCUGGAGAUUUGACCUUAAUGUAUCGAGCGUGAAAACCGAUCAGUUAGUCAUUUGCACUCUUUAUGCUGACGUCAGUCUCUGUAGAAAACCUCCUUUGGCAAAACUCAGACAUAUGAAUGGUAUGUGUGUUUGUUUUUGCUGUGAAGGGCCAAUUUGUAUACAUAUGAAUAUAUCAAUAUACAUAUUUUUUAAAGCAUUUUUGUAUGUUUCAAAGCUGCUUUUUAACGUGUGUGUAUCAUGGAAGACUUUGGUGUUGUAUGUGUGCAUUACAAGCCUACAGUUAAAAGAGAGGCACAAUGUUGUAUACCAUGUCGUUUUUCCUGUUUGUUUUUUUUCCCCUCUCCCAUUCGCUCAGUAGGCAGUAACACUUAACAUUGUUUUCUAGGUUUGUAAGUGUUUUCUCUCGUUUUUUUUUUUUUUUUUUUUUUUUUUUGUGCAACAAAAAACAGUUUGUGUUUAUGAACACAGUCUCAUUUUAAGAUACCUGGGGCUAAAAAAAAUACAAAGAUGUAAACAAGCAACUGUGUACUCUGAUGAGAAUGAAUCAACCUUUUAGCAGUAAGGAAGCUUCUCUGGUGCCUUACAAAUAAAAGAUGUGAUUGAGA